AACAAAGGAAGCAACCGCAAGUACACGGGGUCUUGAAUUUGGAUUAUAUUACAUAUUUUCCAGAAUGAUUAUAGGUUAUUAUUUUCAUAGAUAGCAUGCAUUAUGAAGUGGAAUAGGGUCACAUCAGAGAAAUUAAUUCACGCUUAGGAUUUUGAGCUGCCUUCUCAGUGUUACGUGUUAUUGUGCAUUGAUUAGUUGCAAUUUAUUGAUCGCUAGCUAGCUAGCUAGUUUUACAGGUUCUUCCAGUCUCAAUGUAGACUUUUGCUAUUUGGAGGCACAAAUAGUUCAGUAUUAACUUGCUGGGGUUCGCUAGCAACCCAGCACCAGUUAUGAUACCUGAUGCGUUUCCAUUUAUUUAUAUAACUAGCUAGCUGGCUACAGUAGUAAGCUACUGUAAUUUAGCUAGCUAGCUAUCCAUAACGUUUAGCUGUGUAACGAGCCAUUCGGUCGUGUUGUAGGGUGGUUUAUAUGAAUAACUAAUCGUGUUUGCAAUUCGUUUUUAUAGUUGAAGUCUUUGUUUUCAUACAAAACGCGUGACCUAUCUAGCCAGUUAGAGCCAACUAACGUUAAUAUCAAACGGAACACUAAAAUCGACCAGUUGUUCAUUUAAAUUAAAGAGUUAGAUUGAAAUUUCAAGAUGGAUAAAAAGUCCUUUGACAUCGUACUGGACGAAAUACGAAAGUGCGUGCUGACAGAUCAAAGGAUUAAGGCAAUAGAGCACGUGCACGGGUAUUUCUCUAGCGAGCAGGUGACUGAGAUGCUGAAGUACUUCUCCUGGGCAGAGCCACAGAUAAAAGCAGUGAAAGCUAUGCAACAUAAAAUGGUGGCCAUGCCUACAACCAAAGUGGUGAAUAUCCUGAACUGUUUCACAUUUUCAAAGGAUAAGCUCAUUGUUCUGGAGCUUAUAGCACUAAAUAUCUCUGAUGCCCACAAUUACCGGCCAGUAGAGGACCUUUUUCGCAUUCAUGCAUCUGAGAAGAAGCGAUGCAGGAGGAUCUUGGAACAGGUUUGCAAAGUGGGGUGCAAGGCUCCGGUGGCGAUGGUGUCGUCCUGUGGGAUGAUCCCCGGGAACCCCUAUCCCAAGGGCAAGCCCAGCCAGGUCACCGGCACCUUCCCUGGGAUUCCAGCCAAAAAGGAUGGCGAGGAGGCUAACGCGGACGGAAAAGGGAUUGCCGCUAGGAUUAUCGGCCCCUUCAAACCGUCUCCAUCCACGUACAACCCCCACAGGCCUGUGCCCUACCCCAUCCCCCCCUGCAGACCCCACGCCACCAUCGCACCCAGUGCGUACAACAAUGCAGGCCUGGUGUCAGUGGGCGGGGUCAUCACCGCCAAUGUGCCCCCCCCUCCGUACAGUGCCACGCUGAACUCAGCAGAAAAAGAGGAGAGUGCAAAUCCCAAAACCUCCCAGCCUCAGUCUUUCUCCCGUCCAGCUAGCCAACAGAACCACACCUCCACGCCCACCAUGUCCCCCCACGGCUCCAACCCUCCCACCCCGUCCACACCCGUCCCCUCCCACCCCUCGUCUGCCCAGCCCCAUCCCGGCACCCCCGGCCCUCCCACCACCCCCAUCACCCCCGUCUUUCCGGGCAUGGUUCCGUCUCAGAACAUGGUCUCGCCCUCCCCAUCGGUCAUCAAAGGCCCCCCCGGAGCCAUCGCUCAGACCGCCAGCGGCCACUCCACCCCCAUCCCGCAGCAAUUUUCGGGACUGCCCCCGUCCGUCACCCCCACGCCCUCCGUCAUAAAGACCCACACCCCGUCUGGGACCCCCUGCGGGACCCCCGUCCCCAGUGGAGGCUACUCCCCCUCUCCCUUUUCCAGUCUGUCCCGCUCGGGUACCCCCUCGGGCGCCCCCACCCCCACGCCCAGGAGUGGCGCUGAGUCUUCCGUGGGGUUGCCCGCGCACAAGGGCUAUCCUGACCCCCAGACAGGGUCCCCGUACCCGGGGCUGCCACUUUCUGCCGCCUCGCCCGCCCAGUCAGUCAUCCGUAGCUACACCCCCGCCGGCCCCCCUCCGCUGACCCCGGGCCACUCCACUCCGGGGCUCGCGGCUUUCGCGGGUCUGCCCCCCGGCUCCAGCGCCUCCACCCACAGCCCCAAGCCCUCGGCCCUGGCCUCCCAGGCCCAGAUGGCGAGCGCGGGGGCGUUCUACAGCGAGCAGGCCCUGGGGUCCCUGUCCCGGCACGGCAGCGGCAGCAACAGCCCGGUGCCCUCCGCCUUCAAGGGCCCGUCGCGGUCGGGCACGCCGUCGCUCAGCUCCCUGGCCAUCCCGAGCUCGGCGGCGCUGGCGCGCUCGCUGGGCCUGGCCCACCCCACGGGCUCACCCCAGGCCUCGCUGCCCAGCCCGGCCGCCAUGGCGGGGCUGCAGGGCCUGUCCGCCGCGCUGGGGCCCCAGGGCGCGGGCAGCCCCUCCCCGCACGCGCUGGCCGCCGCCCCCUUCCCCGGCCUGGGCGCCUUCCCCUCCCUGUCCUCCGCCUCCCCGUUCCCCGUCUCCUCGGCCGCCUCCUCGGUCGCCUCGGUCUCGGCGGCCCCGCCCUCCUCGGUGUACGCGGGCCUGCCUCACGCGGUCACGCCCUCCCAGUCGCCCUUCGGCCUGGGCCUCACCACCGCCCCCAGCAUGUUCCCCGGCCCCGCGUUCCCCGGGUUCGGGGGCUCCGGCCCCCCCGCCGCCGGGAGUCCCGUGCUGUCUUCCCUGAUGGGGCUCUCGGGGGCCUCCUCCUCGGUGGCCACGGUGGCCCCCCUGCAGGCGGCGGCCGUGGCGGCGGCGGCGGCAGGAGUCCCCUCCUCGGCCCCGGUGCUGCCCGGCUUCGCCUCGGCCUUCAGCUCCAACUUCAACCCCGCCCUGGUGGCGCAGGCUGGGUUAACUGGUGGCCUCCAGCCUCCAGGGGGCACUGCAUUCCCAGGGCUGCUGUCUUUUCCUGGUAUGCCGGGGUUCUCCCCUGCCAGCGCUUCUCCGGCUGCCCUGUCUGGCCUCCACAACCCUGCUGUGCAGUCCGCCUUGCUACAGGCUCACUCUGCCUCUGCCCUGGAGAACUACCCACCUCAGCCCAAUGGCUUUACCAACUACCCCCCCGCCCCGGGCACGCCCUUCACCCUGCAGCCGGGACUCCACCCCCAGCUCGGCUGGCAGUGACCCCACCCCAGCUACGCGUUCACACGCAGCGGACGGCCAUUCUAGGACAUUAAGCCUGUCCAUUCCAGGGCUGGUUUGGCCCGAGAAUGGCCUUUCGAAACCGGCCGGAGAAACCAGCGUCGUCUGCCUCCGUAGCAUUACUGGAGGUCGUUUUGUUCGCAGUCGCAGGUCCAAGCGGAUAGAUUUUUAAAACGUGCAUUUUGCUGAACACGAUGGCAAAAUGGAGUAUGUUGCUGUGACUGAGUCUGUUGUUAGGAUUGACCAGAACACAUUCAUGAGAGAAUUUAGUGAAACAGAAGCUGCACGAGUCCUCCACUUUGAUGGGGCUGUAUAGUGCUCAUGACCCUUUUCAGUUACGUGGCAUUGGUAUAGUAAACCUCCAACUGCUGUGGCUGUGCAUUCACAUAUGGGUACACAUAUGUAAUUGAAGAUGACUGGGUUAAAUGUGUGAAAUACAGAAAACAUACCUAGUUUCUUGCAUUCAUAAAGUAGGAGCGUGAGCCUCUGGUUUAUGAUGCCAAUGGUUUAUGGUGUAUACAUGGUUUGCAGUUGGAUGUAGGGGCUAUGGUGUAAAUUGAGACAAGAUUCAGUGCAGUGUAAUUCCAUACAUUGCGAUUGGACGCCACCUAAAUAAUGCAACUCGUGCAAUAUGUUGUCACCCUAAACUGUAAAGAACAUACUAGUUGCACACUACUGUCCACAUCAGACUUGUUGAAAAUAUAAAUGAAAUACUACCACUUUUUAAUUAGGUAAAAGAUAAACUGUGUUGUGCAUUUGACUCCAUAUUUGUUACAUUUGAGACAUUGUAACAACUCAUAUCAGUGGUAACAAUGAAUGUUGCUUUCAAAAUUUAGCACAGACAACAGUUUGUAUCUUAGUAUUAUACUGUAAAAAUAAGUAGGACAUUUUAACAAUGCAUCAAGGCAAUACUGUAUUUUAGUAUUUUUUUUAUAAAUUUAGUUUUCCCAGGCUACAAUGACUUGAAGAUGAAAUUCUCAUAAUAAUUGACGUGUUUAGACUUUUUUUUUUGUUUGCCACCUAGCUAAUUACAAGUACGCGUUUAUUUCAUGCUUUUCUCGCUGACGGUCACAGUCAUUUACAUUUUUUGUUGUUAUAGUACUGUAUGCUGUGUUUUGAAACUUUUCUUUGAAGUUUCAUACUUUUAUUUUGACUGCUUCUGCGUAUACAAAGAAAGCAUCAGAAUGAGCUACAGAUAGCCCGACUUAAAUAUGUAUGCAUUCAGGAAUAAUCGGGUAAAUCCACAAUUUAUCUAAUGUUCAAACUGUGUGUGUGUGUGUGUGUGUGUUUCUGUUACAGUGGGCUACUGAAUGAGAUCUGUAUUUUAACCUCAGCUAGAAACUGGCAGGAUUUUCAAUGUGUAGAAAUGUUUAACAGAAAGAAAAGGACAUGUAGACUUGAAUUAUGUGAAGCAUGGAACAUCAUACUGUAAACUGCUUUGAUUUAUUAUUUUUUUCUAUUCUCACCUUUGUAUUGCAAAAUGAAAUGGACAAAGGCAGUUGUACAAGUACAUGCAAAUUCAGUUUACACUGAACUGGUUUUUAAUGAAUUUUUAACUUGACUAUCAUGGAAAUCAUGCAGAAGGUUUCUGUAGAUUAACUUGUUAGUGUCACAAAUUAAACUUUUUUUUUUAUUAUCAUGA